GCCCAUGAUGGUGCAGCCACCACAGUGAAAACUGAUGGCUAUACACACAGAAAGGUACAACUCCGUAGUUUUGAGUUUUAAUAUUUUAAGUUCUGUGUCAAAAAGAAGAAGUGAGAAAUCGGAAGCAAAAAACAGAGAGUGAUGGAUUUACUUCCGGGAGGGAGUUCAAGCAUGGUAAAGAAAACCGGGUUCAGGUCACUGAAGCUGGUGAACAUAGAGAUGGACCAAGUUCUGGGAGACAAGCCCGUCGGAGUUGACUAUGGCAGGCUUGAUAAUGGUCUCUCUUACUAUGUUCGUUGCAAUUCUAAGCCCAAAAUGAGAGCAGCUCUUGCCCUCGCUGUUAAAGUCGGGUCAGUUUUGGAAGAGGAGGAAGAACGAGGAGUUGCCCACAUUGUUGAGCAUCUUGCUUUCAGUGCUACUCAGAAGUACACAAAUCAUGAUAUAGUCAGAUUUCUUGAAAGUAUUGGGGCAGAAUUUGGCGCUUGCCAGAAUGCAGUGACAUCGGCUGAUGACACUGUUUAUGAGUUAUUUGUUCCUGUUGACAAGCUUGAACUAUUAUCUGAGGCCAUUUCUGUCUUGGCGGAAUUCAGUUCUGAGAUUCGUGUCUCAAAAGACGAUGUGGAAAGAGAAAGAGGCGCUGUUAUGGAAGAGUACAGAGGGAAUCGAAACGCUACGGGAAGGAUGCAGGAUGCGCAUUGGCUUUUAAUGAUGGCUGGUUCAAAGUAUGCUGAGCGUUUACCUAUUGGAUUAGAAAAGGUAAUUCGAACUGUUUCUCCUGAGACUGUGAAGCAAUUUUAUCAGAAGUGGUACCAUUUAAGCAAUAUGGCAGUGAUAGCUGUAGGAGAUUUCCCAGAUACUGAGAGUGUUGUUGAGUUGAUAAAGAAUCAAUUUGGGGAUAAAAGUUCUGCACCUGAGCGUCCACUUAUACCAACAUAUCAAGUUCCAUCUCAUGAAGAGCCACGUUAUUCUUGUUUCAUUGAAUCUGAGGCAACUGGGUCUGCAGUGAUUAUUAGCUAUAAGACUCCAGCUGUUGAGCUGAAUACAGUGAGGGACUAUAGGGAUUUACUGGCAGAAUCAAUGUUCCUUUAUGCUCUAAACCAGAGGUUCUUUAAAAUAGCUCGUAGAAAAGAUCCACCCUUUUUCUCAUGCUCAACUUCCGCAGAUGUUCUAGUUAAUCCCUUGAAGGCUUAUAUGAUGACCUCAUCUUGUAAAGAAAAGGGAACAAUUCAGGCCCUAGAGUCGAUGCUGAUUGAGGUUGCCAGGGUACGGCUACAUGGGUUUUCAGAACGGGAAGUGUCUAUAGUUCGAGCUUUACUGAUGUCAGAGAUUGAAUCUGCAUAUUUGGAACGCGAUCAAAUGCAGUCAACUAGCUUGCGAGAUGAAUAUUUACAGGUAUUUCCAAAUUGUAGUUUCUUGUCUUUCAUAUUUAAGGACUUCUGUAUUAAUUUUGAAAAGUUAUUCACCUUAAUUUUUCUCUGGCAGCAUUUUCUCCGUAAUGAACCUGUUAUUGGGAUUGAGUAUGAGGCCCAACUCCAGAAGACCCUUCUACCUUAUAUAACAGCAGCAGAGAUAUCCAAAUAUGCUGAGAAGUUACAAACAUCAUGCAGCUGUGUCAUUAAGACAAUUGAACCACGAGCUUCUGCAAUAGUAGAAGAUUUGAAAAAUGUUGUCUCUAAAAUCAGUGCUCUUGAGGAAGAAAGAAUCAUUUCUCCAUGGGAUGAAGAACAUAUUCCAGAAGAAAUUGUUAGCACAAAACCUAAUCGAGGGAAUAUUGUGCAGCAAUGUGAAUAUUCAAAUAUUGGAGCUACUGAAUUGAUUCUAUCGAAUGGCAUGAGAGUUUGCUAUAAGAGUACAGACUUUCUUGAUGAUCAGGUUAUCUUUACAGGGUUCUCAUAUGGGGGUUUAUCCGAACUUGUUGAAAGUGAGUACUUUUCUUGCUCGAUGGGGCCAACUAUUGCAGGAGAAAUUGGGGUAUAUGGUUAUAGACCUUCAGUUCUGAUGGAUAUGCUUGCGGGUAAGAGGUCCGAAGUCAGCACAAAGCUUGGAGCAUACACGAGAACCUUUGCUGGUGAUUGUUCACCCUCAGACUUAGAAACUGCCUUGCAGCUUGUGUAUCAACUAUUUACCACAAAUGUAACACCAGGAGAAGAAGAUGUCAAAAUAGUGAUGCAAAUGGCAGAAGAAAUGGUCCGUAAUCAAGACAGGGAUCCUUAUACUGCAUUUGCAAAUCGUGUGAAGGAGCUGAACUAUGGAAACUCCUAUUUCUUUAGGCCUACCAGAAUAAGUGAUCUUCAGAAAGUUGAUCCAAUGAAAGCUUGUGAAUAUUUCAACAAAUGUUUCAAGGAUCCAUCAACCUUCUCUAUGGUCAUUGUUGGGAAUAUUGAUCCUUCUAUAGCACUUCCUUUAAUAUUACAGUAUUUGGGCGGAAUACCAAAGCCUUCUGAACCUCUCAUGCAAUAUAACCGCGAUGACCUCACAGGACUGCCAUUCACUUUUCCUAGAACCAUAAUAAGAGAAGUGGUGCGCAGCCCUAUGGUGGAAGAACAAUGUUCUGUCCAGCUUUGCUUUCCUGUGGAGCUGAAUAAUGGAACCAUGGUAGAAGAUAUUCACGUUGUUGGUUUCCUGAGCAAACUUCUUGAAACGAAAAUAAUGCAAGUUCUCCGCUUCAAGCAUGGACAGAUCUACACUGUGGGUGUUUCAGUAUUUCUUGGCGGUAAUAAGCCUUCCAGAACUGCUAAUGUUCGUGGAGAUAUAAGCAUAAAUUUUUCUUGUGAUCCAGAAAUUUCCUCGAAGCUGGUCGACCUUACUUUGGAUGAAAUAUUACGUCUUCAAGAGGAAGGGCCUUCGGCUGAGGAUGUCUCAACCAUCCUUGAAAUUGAGCAAAGAGCCCAUGAAAAUGGGAUUCAGGAAAAUUACUACUGGCUGGAGAGGAUUUUACACAGCUACCAGUCAAGGAUUUACUCUGGCGAUGUUGGCACUUGUUUUGAGACUCAAGAGGAAGGUCGGUUAAAAGUUAGACAAUCUCUGACCCCAAAAACGGCGCAGUUAUCAUUACAAAGCAUACUACCUUAUCCUUGCAAAAAACAGUACACUGUAGUAAUCUUAAUGCCCCGUACUUCUCGGUUUAAGUUACUAGAUUCAAUCUUUCGAUCUACGACCAGUUUUGGUAGAGAUGCUAAGAUUUUAGCCGCGGUUGCUGGUCUCGCAGUUUUGGGUCUUAGCUUGUGGAGACGUUCACGAAGUGCGCGCUAAAAUCCUAGGUGACAUUUACAUAGCAGAGAUCUAGAUACAAUGGAAGUGUGAAGGUUCCUGUUAGAAAUUAGGAAGGUAAUUCUUCUCAUCUCAAAACUGUAGAGGAGGUCCAUAGUAGCAUGAAUUUCUGUAGAACCAGAAUUGAUACAGGAGGGUAAGAUGGAAAAAUUACACCAUUUAUAUGGCCCCCGUUGGAGGCUUGUAACAUGAGCAUGUUAUUUUCUUUGUAGCUCCAUGAGAUGUAUUGUGUCUCUUCAGUAAUAUAAUUGGGAACAGAAAUUUUGGGACAA